CUUUUAUAUUUCGAGGUAGAAAAUGUAGAUGUUGGUAAACUUUGACAGAGACGAAAUCCUCGGCUGAUGAUCGGGAAAGAAUAAUGAAAUUUCGAGUAAAAUACAGAAAUGUGAGCAGAACUGUCACUGUGGAAGAAGAUGACGGCUCCGGCAGGACGCUUUCUGAUCUGAAUGGCGCCGUCUCAGAGACGUUUAGUGAUUUAUUGGCAGGGGCAUUUUACUUGAGCUUGAAUAAGAAGGACAAACUCGGGGAGGAGAGCCAGACCCUGGAAGACCUGGGACUUGUGUCGGGGGAUCUUCUGUAUAUUGUCAGCGAUGAACCAGAAAUUGAAGGAGUUCAUGAGCAGCAGCAACCCUCUGUUCAGAGAUCCACAAACAGACCUCUAGGACUGCUCGACACACAGGUUCAGAGUUUUCCACAUCCCAGAAAUGACCAACCUUCAACCUCUAGACAAAGCCAAACACAGAAUGAAAAUCCUCAAAAUCAGCCAUCUUGUUCAACAAAUGAUUCUCAAAUAGAGGCUGAGAACAUUCAAAGUGAGGCUGUGUAUCCAGUUGACCCUGUUGUUGUGAGGCAGUGUCUUAGUGAGCCAAGACUGUGCAGUGAGUCCACGCUGGGCCGAGUACCAGCUCUGCUGAGUGAGUUGUACUCAGACUUACAUUGCCAGUAUCAUGAGGAGGCUCUUUGUCUGGUUCUUCAUGCACUCAUGUUGGAGGCUGGGUACCAGUCAAUCACACCUACAGAGAUCAGUCACCCCCAGCAGUGUGAUUUCCCGUCAAACUCCGAGGUCGGUCCCAGUCGCUCCUGGAGGGACAGAGCCCCUGCCUUCUACAGUCUAGAUUACACCCACCCCACCAGCGACCCCUCCGUGUAUACACUUACUGCUGUACCCAUGGGAGCCUCUCUUAUUGUACAUGGACAUAUCAAGAUGGCUGACGAUGUAGAGAAGUGCCAGUGUCAACUGAAAACAUUGGAUUUUGUUCGAAUUUUAACCCCAGAGCCAAACACUUGUUACCAGAAUCUACCCAAAUUGUCCAGAAUGUUUAAGGAUGCUGUGUGCUUACCUCUUCUUCACAAAUACAGAGACGCAAUGGAUUUGGUGCCUUUACAUGGACUACAAGCUCUAAGUAAUGAAUUGAAGCUGAAGAUUCUAGGUCAUUUAGAUGUUGUCAGUCUGUUGAGAAUGUCAGAGGUGUGUAAAGAGUUCUGCAGCCUCAGUAAUGACAGAUAUGUGUGGAGACGGCUGUUUUUGUCCCAUUUUGGCAAUCGAGCACAGAAUGUUUUAAAUCAGAACUGGAAAGAGCUGUAUAAGGCAGAAUACAGAAACAGGAAGCAGCACAGGAAGUGGCUGACUCAAAUGACGGUCUUGGUUCCUCCGUUUAUUCCAGCCGACCCCUAUACUCAAAGGAUCCCCCCACUGGCCCCAUUCGGACCUGGUGUGAUUGGAGGAGACUAUGAUUUGUACCCCCAGUUUCAUGGUAUCCCAAAUCCUAUUUUUGGACAUCGCAGUGGACAGAUGCCCAUCUUGAGGCCUCGCUUUGACCCAUUUGGUCCAGGCCAGAAUUUUCUUCCUGGUCCAGGAGGAGGAUUAUAUGACAGAAGCAGUAACAGAUCCAGGUUUUCUCAUGGAUCCAGGAGUGGAAAUUCCUGGUUUAAUAGGGGACCAAGACUGUUCUAAGAUUCUAGUAUUUAAAUCUUGUGGCUAGUUCCUUUAUUGUCCAUUUUGUUUUACAUAAAUGUUUAAACUAGUA